AUGAUAUACCGCUCUUUCAAUGGACGUGAACUUCCGAGGCCAUCCUCGAUGUUGUCACACCGAUUCUGGCUACUGGGAGCGUUUGUGUCGCUGGCGAGGGCUGUACCUACUGCGAUAGCUCCAAACUACUGGUUCAGCUUCGGAGACUCGUACACCCAGACGGGCUUUGAUCCCACCGGCGUUCUCCCGACAGUCGACAAUCCACUUGGGAACCCGGCUUACCCCGGCUGGACGGCGACCGGCGGAGCAAACUGGGUUGAUCAAGCGACGACAGUGUCCAAUCACUCGCUCGUGUUGACCUACAACUACGCUUACGGCGGUGCAACCAUAAACGCCACUCUAGUCGCACCCUAUGAGUCAACUGUCCUGUCUCUCGGCGACCAGGUGGACCAGUUUUUGGCUCAGCCCGACGUCGGUUCUGGAGAUAAGAUCUGGACGAGCGAUAACUCGUUGUUCAGCGUGUGGAUAGGGAUCAACGACCUCGGAAACAGUUACUAUGAGAGUGGAGAUCGCGACGCGUUCAACGAUGUGCUCUUGGAUAACUAUUUCGAGCUCGUGGAAAAGCUGUACAAUACUGGUGCUCGUAACUUCCUGUUCCUCAAUGUCCCUCCCACGGACCGUUCGCCCUUGAUGCUCGCGUACGACGCAUCAGUGCAAGCUCUUUUGAAGGCAUGCAUCACCGAUUUCAACACGAAGCUAGCCCAACGUGCCUCUGACCUCGCCACCUCCCACUCCGGGGUUAAGACGUGGGUUUACGACGCGAACUCGGCUUUCAACAAGGUUCUUGACGACCCGACCGCUUUCGGGUUCUCCGAUGCGACCUCGUACGGUGGCGCGACCGACUUCUGGGGAAACAACCUCCAUCCUGUCAGCGCGGCGCAGGUUAUCUUCGGCGACGAAGUCGGGAACACGACCUUGGCCGACACCGUCUGGUAA